GUGUUUGUGAAUGACCAAUUCCUCAACUGGGACCCUGAGCAUCAGAUCAAAGUCAGGAUUGUCUCAGUUAGAGCAUACCAUGCUUUAUUCAUGCACAACAUGGUUAUGAUUUUGUGCAUUCGACCUAAUGCUGAAGAGUUAGAAAACAUUGGGACAUCAGACUUUACUAUAUACAAUGCGGGGCAGUUCCCAUGCAACCGAUACACCCAUUACAUGACUUCUUCAACUAGCAUUGACCUCAACUUAGCAAGGAAAGAAAUGGUGAUCCUAGGUACUCAAUAUGCUAGCGAGAUGAAGAAGGGUUUGUUCAGUGUUAUGCACUACCUCAUGCCUAAGAGAGGAAUUCUCUCUCUUCAUUCUGGCUGCAAUAUGGGGAGAGGAGGCGAUGUUGCUCUCUUUUUUGGUUUGUCCGGAACUGGUAAGACUACUCUGUCUAUCGACCAUAACCGCUUUUUGAUUGGAGAUGAUGAACACUGUUGGAGUGACAAUGGUGUCUCGAACAUAUAACGUGGUUGUUAUUCGAAAUUUAUUGAUCUUUUAAGGGAAAAGGAGCCCGAUAUUUGGAACGCCAUCAAAUUUGGAACAAUGCUGGAGAACAUUGUAUUCGAUGAGCACACUCGAGAGGUUGAUUAUUCUGACAAAUCAGUUAUAGAGAAUACCCGAGCUUCUUACCCGAUAGAGUACAUCCCCAUUGCAAAGAUACCUUGUGGACCCCACCCAAAGAAUGUUAUCCUUUUGGCUUGCGAUGCCUUUGGAUUUUUACCACCUGUUAGCAAACUCAGCCUUGCACAAACCAUGUACCAUUUCAUCAUUGGCUACACGGCUCUGGUAGCUGGAACAGAGGAUGGAAUAAAGGAGCCAAUGGCUACAUUCUCUGCUUGCUUUAGAGCUGUUUUCAUUAUGAUUCACCCCACAAAGUAUGCCACCAUGCGUGCUGAGAAAAUGCAGAAGCAUGGAGCCACUGGCUGGCUUGUCAACCAUGGCUGGUCAGGAGGAAGCUAUGGCUCCGGAAACAGAAUCAAGCUGAGCUAUACACAGGAAAUUAUCGAUGCCAUACAUUCAGGCAGUCUUCUCAAUGCAAACUAUAUCAAAACUGAUGUCUUUGGCCUUGAGAUCCCCACUGAAGUUGAAGGGGUUCCCUCCGAGAUUCUUCAACCUAUGAACACUUGGUCUGACAAAAAUGGUUACAAUGAGACACUGUUGAAGCUGGCGGGUUU